AAUCGUUCGAAAUUCGUGAAAAACAAGCUGAUUAGUAUGCUACUUGACUGGGAUUAACUGCUGCCAUAAAAACAAAUGUUCUGUAUAAGUAAAUAAAGAAUAAAGUAACGAGAUCUACUUGUAGAAGAGGUGAUGCAUUUAAGAGUGAAGGCGUGAUUGUAGCUAUUCACUCCAUUUACAACAACACGAUCCUAAAUCUAUACCCCGAGAUGAGGCUUAUAUGACUGAAUAAUACAUUUAGUCAUGCUGCUAUAAAAUGCUCAGUUGUCAAUAUAUUUGUUUAUAUUUUAUCUUUUCGUAGACGCAUAUUGAUAUAUGAAAAAAAAGAGAGAGUGGAAAGGAUAGACGUGUUAUUUCAUUCUCGAGUCUCUUUAGCAGCUUGUAUGCUAGACAUCUGUUGACAAAGAAAACUUUCGUUUUUUCUCAAUCAUAGUGACAUGGAUUUCAGUAGGUAAGCUUGUUUUCGGUAAAAGAAAAUUUGGUAUGAUUUAUUUAUAUCUGAUCUCUUACUUUACAGCCGAGUUUCGAUAAUUCUGAAAUGAUUAUUCAACGUUUGAAUUUGUUAAAUACGCUCCUAUAUGCAUAUUCAUCACUAUGAUAAAAAAGACAAAAUCUAUGAUUUAUGGAUAGUAAUUUACGGUAGAACAGAAGAUCGAUAUCAGUCUUUUUGAAUGUAUGGAGAAGAAAAAUAAAAAGCCCUAUACUUCAAUUAAAUCUUGUAGUUGUUCAAAGUCAUUCAUAGACUAAAAAUGAACUCAUAAAACAGAUGAUUUUGUAGAACUUUAUUUAAACAAAAAUGAUCGAAAUAAUUGCUGAUAAAAUGAUGAAUGGAGUGCAUAUACUACUCAUUUUUUAUGUUUUAUGAAAAACCAUCUUUAGUUCAACGAUGGAACAGUAUUAACAAAUUUCUUCACUGUUUUAGAUCGAAGGUAAAAUGAGGGCGAGAGAAAGUAUAUCUUGCAUAAUGAAACUCAAUCGUUCGAAAUUCGUGAAAAACAAGCUGAUUAGUAUGCUACUUGACUGGGAUUAACUGCUGCCAUAAAAACAAAAAAACAUACUAUUUUUUAUAAUAAGCUAAGAUGCAUUUGAGAGCCCCGAAAAAUAAAAAUAUUUUUAAAAACGUUGUUAAUACAAGGUGAAAAGUCCAGAUAAAGUUAAAAUACGAUCACAAUAAUCUUUGUGCUUUUUUUCACCUGCUUUCAUGCAUAUUAUUAUCUAAAAACAUAGGACAUGUUUACAUUUAUAAGAAUCAUUCAAUUUCUGAAACAAUAAAAUAACGAUAAAAAAAUGACUCACAAUGACUCUAUUAUUGAUUCUGAACGCAUUCUAGGAUAAACGGCCAAAAGAUCUCUCAUCUUGCAAAUCUAGUUUCCAUGAAGAAAAAAUUCGAGACACGUUGAAAACCGGAACGAUGUUGGGUUUUCGAAAAUUCUAGUGAACUUUUCAUUUCUUCUUGUCUUACGCUCUCUUUCUCUCUUAUUUCACUCUCAUCUUAUCAUUUUUUACUUCUGUUUCUCUCUAUUUUAGUUCUUCCAUCACGUGGAAAUUUCGUUGACAUUCAUCUAAAUGCUCGAUGGCAACAGAAUGGUCUCACUAUAGCAGGAGGAAAUGGGCGUGGUAAUGGACUAAAUCAACUUUGUGAUCCAUUGGGUUUAUAUGUUGAUAAAGGUCAAACUGUAUAUAUUGCUGAUAGCUCGAAUCACCGUAUUGUAGAAUGGAAAUCAGGUGCAACAAUUGGCCAAAUAGUUGCUGGUGGAAAUGGACCAGGAAGUGCGGCUUAUCAAUUGUCUGGUCCAAGAGACGUCAUUGUCGACAAAAACACAGAUAGCUUCAUCAUUUCCGAUUAUUCAAAUAAAAGAGUAGUUCGAUGGCCACUUCAAAAUGGGACAAAUACAGAAACAAUUAUCUCGAACAUACAUUGUGUGGGCUUGACAAUGGAUGAGAAUGGCUCUCUCUAUAUCGUUGACAAUGAAAAUGAUGAAGUGAAACGAUAUAGAGGAGGAGAAUCUCAAGGAACAGUGGUUGCAGGUGGCAAUGGAAAUGGAAACCGUUUCGAUCAAUUCUCUGAUCCACAAUACAUAUUCGUCGAUCGAGAUCACUCAGUUUAUGUAUCUGAUUUAGGAAAUCAUCGUGUGAUGAAAUGGUUAGAAGGUGCCAAAGAAGGCGUUGUCGUGGCUGGUGGUCAUGGAAAAGGAAAUGGUCUUAUGCAAUUGUCAUUUCCUCGAGGAGUCGUAGUGGACCAGUUGGGCACCGUCUAUGUCGCUGAUGCAGGAAAUGAUCGAAUCAUACGUUGGCCCAAAGGAGCCACACAGGGAUGCGUCGUUAUUGGUGGAAAAGCGAAGGAAGACAAUCAAACCAACUCGAUGGACCUUUCGGUUUGUCAUUCGAUCAAUACGGCACUCUCUACGUCGUUGAUUUGGAGAAUAGUCGAGUACAAAAGUUCAGUAUGGAGUCAAAUAAAUGAAAAAUAUAACCUCGGCAAAAACUUAUUUGACUGA